UAAUAACGUCACCAUAAAAAAGAAAAUCUCCCUAAAAUUUAAUGAUUUACCGAUCAAUGUUCAUCAAUUAAAUUCCUCAUGUCUGAAGAUAUCGGAGAGAGAAAUACAUGUAGUUCGAAAUAUAUAGAUAUUCAACUGUCACAAACGAAAGCAGAUCCAGAAAAAUGCACAGUAUUCUUACAUGGAGAGGACUUUUUACAGAUUGGUAACUGUUGUACCGUAGUAAAGAUCAAGGUCAACAAGGCAGUCAUAGAAUGGCUGGAACAGAACAAGGCAAACGAACCAGCUGAACUUAAGCUGGCUCACGAAGAUAUAGACAUAUGUACCAUACUAUGGAGCAGCAAGGAUAGUUUGCAAAAUGCAUGGAGGGUGGAGUUAAAGUCUGAAAUUCACAAAGAUAUAACCGUGUCAUAUUUAACUAGGUUGUUAGAGAAACUCACAUCUAAAAAUGGAAAGGAGGUUGCUAAAAUUGCAAAAGAAUUUUACGAAAAAUUUAAUGCCAAAUUAGAAAAGGUUUUGUCAGGUUCUGUAAUGAUGCAAUUCAGUCUACCUGCUCAAAAUUACGAUGAUGCUUUGAAAACAGUUGAGUCAUUAAGAGAAACACUUGAAACAAGGCUUGAUGGAUUGAUUCGAUCAGAAGACGUUAGAAUACCCAAACAAGUGGUAACAAGGACAGCCUCUUUAAAAAAGAUCUAUAGAAUGUGUAAAGGAAAAUCAACUUCGGCAACAAAAAUACAAAACGCAGCAGAAUCCUUGUUUAGUAAAAAAAAUGAUCCUGGAAUGUACACUCUUUUAUGUCUUGAUGCAACUGAUGCAUCAAGACAUUCAAAUACGAGAGAGAUGCUGAACAACCUUUACAAAAAAUUACUUCAGGAGUUUGAUCUUGUUCACAGUGACGGGUCUGUGAGAUAUAACGAGUUUGUCAGUCUAUUAGCUUUUGGAUGCGAUGGAAAAAUUCACAUUGAACAACCUUUUUUGCCAGAGUUCCCUCGUGAGGAUAGUUUCAAUCAUAUCAUUGAUGAGGUCGUUGGCAAUGAUGCAAGCUGGAACGUGUAUACAGUAUUGUCAGUGAUAUUCCGAAUUGCUUCAGAUUACGGAAAAAUCUUUUAUGUGGAUGGAUAUGCUAUACAUCCAAGAAUUGUGUUUUUUACCAAUGGAAACUUCAGUGAAACAGAUGCGUUAACUAAAAGUACAUUCAUAGAUGCAGAAAUACCUACGUAUCCCAUAACCUUUGUUCAGAUAGACGGGACCUAUCCACAGGACUCACUACAAAAGAUCAUAAGCAUCACUCAAGGUGAAAUAAGAAAUGAUGUUGGCUGCAUUUCUCAAUAUGUCAAGCAUCAGCAAAAUAUUAUUGAUGUUUUGAAAAUGGAGAAGAAAGGCUUGGAUGAAAUCGACAUCGAUGAAAUUCUAGAAAAAAUCAAAGAACUGUCACCCAACAGUGUUAAAGACGUAGAAACAAUCCUGAAAACACUGGGUGGAAUUCAAAGGAAGAUUUUAGGCACUGGUGAUGUGUUACCAACAGAAGCGGUACAAUUUUGUUCAUAAUGAAUGAUGAUUUAGAUGUUCAUGGGUUUUGAUUUGCACAACAGAUAAAAUUUAUGCUCAAUUAAUUCUUGAUAAUUGCAUAUACAAAUGUAGUUUUCUACAUUUAGGGGUUUUAUUUUAGGUAAACGUUCAAAUGUUAUAUUUGCAGUGUUUAUCUGUGAUAAAUACAUGACAUACAAAAGUAAAAUUGUAAAUAGACAUAAUAACAAAGUCUUUGAAGCAAGAAAAAUGCAAAAAUCCCUGUAUAUUAUUAAAGUAUUAUUGGCAAGUCUAGUCUUAUAUUACUUAUUGUCAAGAUAUUUUUUUCUCAGAAUUAAGAAAACAAAAGCUUGUAUGCUCGUUUGAACUUUGAAAAUGUUGUUCGAAAAGUUGCAAACCUGUUUUAUCUUAUAUUUACCUAAAUGUUAUGUAUGUUAAAUGCAUUUUUUCAGGGUUAUCUUACAGUUUUUAAGACAUAUGAAAAAUAGAUGUUGAUACGUGUUAUGCAUUGUUAUAUGAUUUAGUUUUUUGACACAGUGUUUAAUCCAUUUAUUUCUAUGUUGACCUUAAUAAUCAACCUCUGAUCUCAUUACAUUCAUCGUAACUUUAGAAUAAAUAUAAAAUAUUGAAGCAUGCAUUUCAUUUUACUAAUUGAGAAUUAUGAAGAGCCUAGAGAUCAGAAGGAUUGCUUGUUUCGAAAGUAAUUAAAGUAUUGAAUAAUUGGUAAUUAUUGCUUGUUUAAACAUAUGCAUAUGUCCGCGGCGAUUCAGGUGUAUAUUAUUGCAUUUUUUAAGAAGAAUCUAAAUUACAUAAAUGUCGUGUUGGGGAGUAUAGUUUUCAACUGUUGAUCUGAGAAAUAAUCAUUUGUUAUAAGUGCAAUAUGUUUGUCAUUCUUUUUAUUCUUACUCUUGCGUGUUUAAAGUAGGUAAGUAAACACUCACAUGAGCAAUUAGUAACUCUUAGGGAGAAACAUAUACUUUAUUUUUAUACGGUUCAUGUACUCAGAUAUAGUGCUAAUUAUUUUUUCUAGAAUCAAUUCACUUUCCCACUUAUAACAAAAUAUUGAGAGUGUACUCCGGUAAUUGAUUAAAAAAUUAUUGAAAUUAUGAAGGUGUUGACAAUUUACCCAUGUUUGUUAAUUAGCGUAAGAUAAGCUGUCAAUAUCACGUUACAGAAUUAUGUUAAAAGGGAUCAGAUCGUUGCAGUGUAAAAAUAUUUGUCAAUUAAUUUUCUGCAUAGCAGUAUCAUAGUUUUAUGAAAAUAUACAUAAAACUAACACUUUAAAUUUUAAAGUUUUUGAAUCUAAAUUUAAAAAGAAUGUAUAAGUACAUGAAAAUACUCUAUAAGAUUUUCUUUAAAAUUUCAUAUAUUAUAAUAAGCAUGUGCUUUCUUACAAUAUGUAAGUUCCAUGGCCACUUUCUUGGCAUUCGAAGGAGAUACUAUAAUAGAAAUCACUUCUAUUUAUGGAGUUAUGACUGUUUAUGACAGGUUCUGGUUUGAGAUAUCAAUGAAGUGAAUCAUUCUUUGUAUGUAUUUAUUAACAUAAACAGAAUGAUAACUAGAAAAUAUCGAUGAUUAUUUAAAUCACCUGUGAUUUUGUACAUCUACAUCUCUAAAAUUAAAAAGGUUAAAAUUUCACUAACUUAUGUACUUUAAAUUAAUUUUUCAUAAUACAACUGAUCAGAAUAUUUAAGGGUUUUUUGCGGCACAAAACAAUAUGGAGAUGUCAUCUUUACAUAUGUAUAGAUUACACAAAACAUUCAAACAUCUUGACUUCCUCAACAUUAAUUACAUAUUACUACAUAUUUUAUAAUAACUGGCACGAGAUCAAUGAAAUUCACUUGAUCAACGCCCUUUCUCCUCUUUAAAAAAUCAUCACUUUCCCGGCAGAAAAUUAAAUUAUUUAAAUAUGUAUUGCUAUCGAAUGUAGCAUUGUAUUUUAUAGCAUAUCAGUAAAAUUAUAAGUGAACAAAAGCAUGUAUUUUCACCGUCAUUCAUUAAUGAACCAAAUCAUUGAGUGAAUAGCUUUUAUAACAAUAAUACAUAUGUAUAGCACACAAAGGUUUUUUUUUUUCUCACAGUCACCGUUGAUCAACUUUGUACUAAACACAUUUACCUCAGCUUUUACAUUUUUGUAACUAGAUUUAUUUACCUUGUUUGAUUUACAGAUGAAAGCUCCUGCAUAUAAUAUAAUAUCCAUGUUUAUUUUGUAAUUGUCGUCAUAUGAUUAUCAUUUGUGAGAAAUCCAUUGUAGGAAUGACAUUCUUUAGAAAUAAAUGUUAAGCUUACAAAGCAAAAUGAUUUACAUAUUCAUCAUAAAAAAAUUCAUUUUCAUUCUCUAAUGGAUUGCAUUAACAAGAACCUUAAUGGGCUAAAAAGUUGAAAUACAGAUAUGAAUGCAAAUAAGUCUUAAAGCAGAUGUUUACGUUUACUUUGAUUUCCUUCCUGAAAAUAGAUUAGAGAGCAAAAUUUAAAUAUACUUUCACCUAAAAAGAACAAUUUUUUCCGAUAAUAAAGGAAUCUAGUGCUUCCGAGCAUCUGUUUUGGUAAUUUAUACCGACUCCGAACUUCCAGUUAUUGUUUAUAUUGUGUACAAAUAGUACACAUUAUGUGUGGCUUAAAAUAGCGUGUUAUCACAUCCAGAGGAGCCAGACCAAUAUGAAAUGGAAAUAUUCAAAAGUGUAUUCUAUGUGAUAGAAAAAGUAUUAUAUUGUGUCUAUGUGUAUAAAUUGUGUCAACUUUUUUUUCUACUUUUUGUUUUGCUAAACAAAAUCUUAAUACAAUGAAUUCAUAUUUGUUAAAGUUUUUUGUUGAUUAAGUUAUUUUUAUCUGUAAUUUUAAUUAGUAAACACAAACUUUUAGUAUUGAGGUUAUAUAUAUUAUUUACUAUUAAUUCUUGUUAAGAUCUGGUAAGAACUAUAAUCAUGUCGUAAUUUAUAUAUUUUUUUUUUUACAUCUUUUUCCCAUUUUUUACGAUUUUAAGGGAAUUAUUUAAAAAAUGAAACAGUUUCUUGACAUUCUAUAUUAAAUAGGGUGAAAAGUUAUCCAGAUACUUGUAUUCAUUUUGAUAUCAUUUUAAAUGGCGUUUUUUGAGAAUCUCUAGGCAUUCUCGAUAUACGGUACUUCAUUAGUUAGAUAUUUACAAAACUCCGAAAUUUAUUUUCUUAUUUCUAUCAUAUUAAAUGGAUAUUGACAGUUAAAAAUCUGAUUUUUCAUUGUGUUUACCAAACAUUUAAGCCCUGCCUUACCCUAUCAAACAAAGCUAUUGUUGUGAAGCAUCAUUGAACGAAUUUAUAUCCUGAAUUUCAUAGAACUGUAGGCAUCUUUCAUUUACUAGAUCUUGACCUUAAUAUUAAAGUAUGGAGAGUUCCCAUAGAUAAUUUCUACUAUGCAGUCGAUAUGCAUGUAUUUUGUUUUGUUUUGUUUUGAUUUUUUUGUUGUUGCAUCUUAUGAUAUGUGAAAUUCAUAUCAACGUAUGAUUUAUAUAUAAGUGUAAAGAUUUAGUUUUUGGUAUAAUUUUAUUGCACUGUGAAUAAUUAAUUGUAUUUUUUCACAGUUGCAACACUUCUAAUGUCUCUGUAAAGUUCAAAUAUUAACUUUCCUUAUAAGUAAGCAUUGUAAAUUAUUUUCAAUCAUCUUUCUGGUAAGGUAUAGCCAUUGUCUCCUCUUUAAUUUGUCAAUUUUCUCAUAUUUUGUAUUAUAUUGUAUAUGUUGUUUGAUUUACAAGUACCAUCUUCCCCUUAACUGUUCGGCUACAUAUAUGCUAAUUAAAGACCAAAUUUUAAAACUACAUAUGUAUUAUCGAUCUUGUGAUCAUUAAAUUGUUUAAUCUGACUAGACUUUGACCCGUCCAUGCACGGGUUAACAUUGCAAAUGAUAUCAGACAUUUACGAAAUAGAUACAUCGACACACCGUAGUGUUGACAUUUACAUAACCAAGCUUUAAGACUACAAUAAUGCUAUUAAUUUCACUACACUCUGCUUAGCUAGAAUAAUCUAAUUGUGCCUCGAAACAGGCCUUCACCAAAGUUGAGAUGCCUCGCAUAUACCCGUAAUGGAGCAAAACAAUGCAGAUUCGCUCCAAAACGUUUUUUGACGCUGCGUUGAAAAUAACAGUCAAAUUUUCAUCUAAAAAUUUUAAUUCAAUUUGAUGAAAAAUUCAAUACUUUUUCUUCGAAUUUACACACCAUGUUGACACUCGGAACUCUCGGGAUAUUUCAUAAUAAAUGCGCUGAGUUAAAGUUAUCUCCCGUAUUCCUUUAAUGUAUCCCGUAUGUCAAAUGCUAUACAAAGUUUAUAUGAACAAAAUCUGACAGUUUCACACGUCAAUUUAUAUAGUUAUAAAUAUGCAAAAUAUAAUCAUUAUUGAAUUUUGGGUAAACGUUUUCAUAGAAAACAAGCAUUUAUACGUACUGGACAUUGGAAUAAAAAUAUACAUACAUAAUGGCUCCUGAUAAGCUAUAAUUGUGAUAAUUAUUAACCAGUAUAACUUUGAUAUAAAAUACCCGGUUCAUGCAACAACAAAAAAAAAUCCCAGCCAGACCUUACCCCGUCUCUUUUCCUGACAUUGGUUCAAGACAUGCCGUUGUAGACAUGCUUACCACACAACAGUUGACUCAAUUGUGAUAUUUCGUAGUGUGAUCACAAAUUUUGAUUGUCUACUCUUUUAAACAAACUAAUGGGUUGAUAACUGCACUGAUUUCUCAUCAUUGUAUAUCGAACCGCUAAAGUUAGACUAUAAGAUUUUAAUCAAAUCAGUAAACCGCCGAGUGCUUUAUUUGGUAUGGUUUAAAAUGAUUUUCAACUGA